GCGCCGCCACCGCAAGGUCACCAUCGUCGAGACGGGGUUUCACCGCCCAUCUCUUCCACCGAGACCACAUCCGCCACCCCGGCAAAGCUCCUGCGCAACGCUAUGCCAAUGCGUUCCGACGAUCCUUUGCCAGGGUCCAAGGCCGUUUCCAAAUGAACAUUGCCGUCCCGCCUUCCUUCCAUCCUGACACGGUUCAGUCCGAUAUCUUCCCGGACAAUGGCGAAUAUGUCCUGAAGGUGUUGAUAGGGACCCCGCCCUACGACGUCUAUGCCAUCGUCGACACCGGCAGUGACCUUUUCUGGACUCAGUGCCUCCCCUGCGAUCAGUGUUACCCUCAGACGAGGGCCAAGUACGACCCGAAAUCGUCUUCCACAUACCGUGACGUCGCUUGCCCGUCCCAGCAGUGCCAACUCCUGGACACCACCUCGUGCGCUUCUCCCUCCAACACGUGCAACUACACCUACGGAUACGCCAGUGCGUCCCUGACGAAGGGAGUCCUCGCGACGGAGACGCUGACCUUCGCAUCCACUGAGGGGUCGCCGGUAACGCUACCAAACGUAGUGUUUGGCUGCGGCCACAACAAUAGUGGCACCUUCAACGAAAACGAGAUGGGACUCGUCGGGCUCGGGAAAGGCCCCGUCUCGCUUAUCUCACAGAUAGGCACGACGUUUGGGGCCAGGCAGUUCUCUCUGUGCCUGGUCCCCUUCCACACCCCACCGACCAUCUCGAGCAAGAUGAGCUUCGGCAGCGGCAGCAGAGUCUCUGGGCCGGGCACCGUCACGACCAGCCUCGUGGCCCUGCAAGACCCGACCUACUAUCUCGUGACCCUGAACGGGAUCAGCGUUGGGAGCACCUACCUGCCAUUUAGCUCUUCUGGGUCCAUUGCGAAGGGGAACAUGAUCAUCGACACGGGGACGCCUCCAACUAUCGUGCCGAGAGAUUUCUACAACAGGUUGGAAGCGGAGGUGAAGAGAGUGGUGGAAUUGACACCCAUAGAUGACCCUCAGCUGAGGCCACAGCUGUGCUACGGGAGUGACGUGCAGGCGAAGGGGCCGUUGCUGACAGCGCAUUUCGACGGCAAAGCCAAUGUGGUGUUGAAGCAGACGAGCACGUUCAUAGAGGCUAAGGACGGCAUAUUUUGCUUCGCCAUGACUUCCACUGAUAGUCCUGGCGGGAUAUUCGGCAACUUUGCUCAGACUGAUCAUUUGAUCGGGUUCGACCUCGACAAAAGCACUGUUUCUUUCAAGCCAACCGACUGCACCAAGCAAUAA